AUGAAGUGUCACUGUAAAUAUUGUUUACCACGGUUUUUCUGUGAAACAAAGGCGGAAAACGAUUUUUGUUACUAUCGACAUUCGAUUCAUACCAAUGAGAGUAGUGAUUUCGGCUGCGUUCAAGCAGAUGUUGCUCGAUUUUUAUGCAAUACAAGCGAUGCAAAUUAUCGAACAGAAUGCUGUUCGUCAUUCUUUUGCAAUAUUAAUUAUCGAUUAGUAAAUGGUUCAAUUACAUCGUCAAGUAUGAAAUCGAUAACGACAGAGCACGAUCACACGAAUCGAUUACAUACUACCAUUGUGGUAGGCGCACUUGUCGUUAUUGCAGUGUUCGUUUUGAUGAUGUACUAUGCAUACAAACGAAGAUUUCAAUCUCUCUGGUCGUCAUCAGUGAAAUCGAAUACAAUUAUUGAUGAUGAAAACAGCUCAGAAGUACAUGUGAAACAUCGCAAGUUGCCACUGUCAUUUCCAGUUGAUCGCCGUUCUGAUACAAUAUCGUGGAAUUCGGAAUCAUCUGAGCAUCACGAUCAGACGACUGUUCUUGAAACACGGCGUAUGAACAAGGAAAUAACUUUUCUUGGACAACUCGGUCAAGGACGUCAUGCGCGUGUACGUCUUGGUCUCAUUGGCCAACAGUAUCGUGCUAUUAAAAUGUAUGAAAGUAGAUUCCAAAAUGAAUUCGAACGUGAACGAGCCAUUUUUCAAACUGAUCUUAUUCAACACCCGAACAUUCUCGCGUUUUUCGGCGCAGAUCUUUUCGCUAAAGGCGCUGACACCUGCCAUAUGUUAAUCUUCGAAUAUCAUCCAAACGGUACACUUCACGACGUUCUCAACGGAAAUAAAAGCGACCAAAUGAUCACGAUAGAACAAUUAUUGCAAUAUUCCAUAUCAUUAUGCGAUGGUCUUGCUCAUCUACACGCAAUCAAAUAUGGAACACAUGAUGUUUUUAAGCCACAGAUGGCGCAUUGUGAUAUCAAAAGCUCAAAUAUUCUAGUUAAAUCGAACGGUGACUGUUGCUUGUCAGAUUUUAGUCUAGCAGUUCGUUGUCAUCCACACACGAAUGAGAUUCAAGGCGGUGGUAUCGCACGUCUCUCUCAUCGUGUAGGCACAAAACUCUACAUGCCACCUGAACUUCUCGAUAAAAAUGUUAUUUUCAAUUUUGACCGCAUUAGUGCAUAUCAACAAGGUGAUAUGUACUCAUUAGCACUUGUUCUUUGGGAAAUUGGAAACUGUUGCUGUUCAAUAAUGCACAUACGACCGUAUGAAAAUCAAUUACCAUGUAGUUUCAAUGUUGAUCAUUUAAUUCAACUUGUGUGCGUCGAACAAAAACGUCCAUUGAGCUGUAUUACUACAUCUGAUCCGAUUCUCAUAUCAUUUUUCAAUUUGUUAAAUUUCUAUUGGUGUCAAGAUCCAUGUGCACGUCAAUCUGCUGCGAAUCUUCAAGAUCAACUUCGACAAUUACGUCAAAUGAAUACUAGUUCCUAG